UAUAUAUAUAUAUAUUGCAUAAAUUUUUUAUUAAUAUGAAUAUAAAAUAUUAUAUUCGAAGUUUUUAUUAAAAAAUAUGUAACAUCGAGAUAGCAUCCUAAUGUGAGCUAGUUUUAUCAGCUUGUCGAAAUCUAAUGUCAUCCUCAUAACUCGGAUCCAUAUUAAAAUAUUUGCAUAUGUAUGGAAAACUGUGAUAAGACUGACAUGUGGAAGUAAAAUUAUGGAUAAAAAGAUAUACUUGAAACAGAGCAAUUCAGAUAGAAGAGUAUUUUACGCGAUUUUAGCAAAGAUUUGCAAAUACAGGUAAAUAGGAUAAAUCAAUCUUAUAUCAAUAAAUGUUUCUAAAUUGUAAUGACCAAUUCUUCUAUUAUUUUACUAUCAUAAUUACACUGUUUAUAUUACACAUAUUGUUCUAUAAUUAAUAUAUUUAUGUUCCUUCUUAUUUUUAUUAGCCAUAAAUUAUUAUGAUGUUCAUUUUAAUUAAUAAUUUAACUAAUUUAAUUAUCAAUAAAAAAAAUAAAAAACUAAUAUAUAUAAAUUAUAAUUAUUUAUAUAUAUUUUAAAUUUUAUAUGAAUGCAAAUGAAUUUUUCUAACGUUUAGUUAAAUUUUUUUUAUUAUCAUUAAAAUAUUUUAAACAAUUAUUUCAAACAAUAUUUGUAAAAUAUUGAUUUGAUGGAAUAUAAUUAUAAAUAUUUAUACUUAUUUAAAUAAUUGCAAAGUGAAUAAAAAAAAUAAUCUACAAGGAGUGAUAUGAGAUUCAUUGGUCCUGCAUAGAAUAUUAAAUAAUACAUAAUAUAAUUAUAUAAAUGAUAUAAAAUAUUCAUAAAUGUUAAUUGUCAAUUUAAAUAUUAUUCAUAUUUCUCAAUGUAUGUAAGCAUCAUCUGACAACAUCAAUUAACCCUAAAAGUAUGAUAUUAAGUUCAUGUUUAUUCCCUCAUUUAAGCAACAUCCGGUAUCAAAUAAUUAUAUCAUAAAAACUAUCAUAUAAUUAAAUUUAUUAAAAUUUAUUACAAAAUAUAUGUUUUAAAAAUGUUGAAUUAAUCAAUAAGAUUAAUUAUAUAAAUAUAUAUUAAAACGACGAAUUUCUUCAUUUGUGCUGUUUAUAUGCAUGUAUGUAUAUCUCGCAGAAACUGGUAUUAACCGGUUUAAACUGUCCUGGAAAUCUGCCUUUAUGUUUCAUCCAACAAAAUUGUACACUAUAGAAAAAUUUAUAAUUAUUUUGUGCUCGCGCGGCAAAAGUUUUUAUACUGAGCUUUAAAUCAUAUAUAGAUGAAAAAGAAAGAUAGAAAAAAAUAAAAUAUGAUCAAAAAUGAUUUUGUAUUGACAUUUUCAUUAAGUGUGAUUAAAGAUUUGAUUUACAUGCACCUCCGAUCAAGAUAAAUGGAAGAAAUACGAUUACAAAUGCAAACGGAAAUUUGUACGUAGUAAAACGGAAUCAACAUUUUAAAUUCAGUAAUGGCGUCUUAUACCGUUACUGCAUUAUUAUUUGUGAGGUUAAGCGUCAAAUUAAUAAAAUAAUAAAAACUGUAAUACAAGAAACUUUAUAAGAAAAUAUAAUAAUUAAAUCUUCGUUAAAAAUGGAAAAAUAUUCUCAUAGAAAAGAUUGUGAAAAAUUAAAGAAAGAAGAUAAAAAUCGAUCUAAAUAUAAAGAUAAGAUUUCUCAUAGUGCUAAUGAAAGUGAUUAUGAUCGUCAUUUUAAAAAAUCAAAAUCGAGACAUAAAUCUAAAAAUUCAAAAUAUAAAAAGUCUAAACAUAGAAAUUCCUCUGAAUCAUGCGAAUUUCAUAAAAAAUCAUCAAAAAAUAAAAAAAAAAGAUCAUCAUCAUCGUCAUCUUCAUCCAGUUCAAGUGAGUUUAGUUCAUCGUCAUCUAAUUCUUCAUCAGAUUCUACAAAGCUUUUAGAAAAACUUCAGAAGCAACGUCAAAAACAAAUUGAGGAUAGAAAACGUCAAAAGGAAUUAAUGAAAGCUACAGAAACACCAGAAGAAAAAAGAUUACGUCGUUUAAAAAAGAAAGAAGCUAAGGAACGAAAAAGAAAAGAAAGAAUGGGAUGGGAUAAUGAUUAUUUACAUUAUACAAAUACAGAUAAUCCAUUUGGUGAUGGAAAUUUACUUUCUACUUUUGUUUGGUCUAAAAAACUUGAAAAAGAAGGUUUACUUGGUGUAAGUAGAGAAGAAUUAGAAAUUAGAAAUAGACAUAAACAAGAAGAAAAUAAAAGAGAAUUAGAAAAAGUUAAGAAAAGAAGGCAAGAAAGAGAACUAGAAAGACAACAAAGAGAAGAAGAAAUGACAAUGCUUCAAAGAGGAAAAGAAGCUGCUCAGUUGGAACAAUGGGCCAGACAGGAAGAUCAGUUUCAUUUAGAACAAGCAAGAUUAAGAUCACGUAUUAGAAUACAAGAUGGUCGUGCAAAACCAAUUGAUCUUCUUGCUAAAUACAUCAGUGCAGAAGAAGAGGUUGAUGCUGUAGAAAUGCAUGAACCUUAUACUUAUUUACGUGGAUUACAUGUGAAAGAUUUAGAGGAUCUCAUUGAAGAUAUUAAAGUUUAUAAAGAAUUAGAACGUGGUAAAAAUUUAGAUUAUUGGAAUGAUAUUACAGUAAUUGUUGAAGAUGAAUUGCAUAAAUUGAGAAAAUUAGAAAGAUCAGAAUAUGAAGUUGCUGUUGGUAGAAGAGAAGGAAUACAUGAAUCAGUUGCUAAAGAUGUAACUGCUAUUUUUAAAGGAAAAACAGCAACACAAUUAGAAGCUUUGCAGUUACAAAUUGAAGUAAAAAUUACAGGAAAACCUGAAGGUGUUGAUAUAGGAUAUUGGGAAAGUCUAUUAUCUCAACUUAAAGCGCAUAUGGCGAGAGCACGAUUAAGAGAUCGACAUCAAGAAAAUUUACGUAAAAAAUUAGAAGUUUUAAUUGCCGAACAAGGUGUAGCUAGAACGGAAAAUGAAACUGAGAAUUUACAGACAAUUAAUGAACAAUCGGAAAAACAAGAAGAACCAUCUACUACUACAACUGUAGAGAAAAGUGAAGAAAGUCAAUCAGAUGAUGAUCAAGAGGCUAAUAAUGCAGCAGAAGAUCUUUUAUCAGAAUCAUUUUGUGAAUAUGAAUCAGGAGGCUAUUCUCCAAAAUAUAUACCAUAUUCUCAACUUGAGCCAGGAACAUUAGUUACUUUGGAAGAAGAUGAUAAUCAACGAUUGGAAUAUGCAAGAAAUCAAGUGCUCAGUACAGGUCGAAAGAUCCAAAAUGUUAUGACUGCAGAAGAACAAGCAAUGCAUAGAGAAGCACGUAAAAAUAUGAAUUCUGAUGAAGCACAAUUUAGUGUUGAAUCAUCUUUAGAAGCACAGAUUUAUCUUUGGUCUGACAAAUAUAGACCUAGAAAGCCAAGAUAUUUCAAUCGAGUUCAUACUGGUUUUGAAUGGAAUAAAUAUAAUCAAACCCAUUAUGAUAUGGAUAAUCCACCUCCGAAAAUCGUUCAAGGUUACAAAUUUAAUAUAUUUUAUCCAGAUUUAAUAGAUAAAAACACAACUCCUGAAUAUUUUUUGACACCUUGCGCAGAUAAUAAAGACUUUGCUAUUUUACGAUUUCAUGCAGGUCCGCCAUAUGAAGAUAUCGCAUUUAAAAUUGUUAAUAGAGAAUGGGAAUAUUCAUAUAAGCGCGGUUUUAGAUGUCAAUUUCACAAUAACAUUUUUCAAUUGUGGUUUCAUUUUAAACGUUAUCGAUAUCGGCGAUAAUAUAUUAUGUAUAUUUAUUGUAAAUAGAAAAUAUUUUAUUUUUAUUAUUACAUUAAUCUUUAUUGGUAUUAAUUUUUAAUGAAUGUGAAUAGUAUUACACAAUUUUAUGUAUAAAUGUAUGAAAGUUUAUUUUCUAUAUGAAAUUUACUCAUAUGUUUUUAAAUAAUUAUAUAAGUAUAUUUCAUUAUAAAUGUUUCACAAUUUAAUAAUUAAUUUAAUGUUAAUUAAAAUUAUGUAUAGAAUAUAAAUUAUAUAUAAAAUCUAUCAUAUUAAAAUUUUCAAAAUA